AUGCUGUCCAGAAACAUUAUGUUACUGGCCAUACUUACCGCCUUACUGCCCUUCAUAUUGUUCAGGAAUCAUGUGCGAGAUCUCCUUGAAAUUGGCCGGACUUACAGCACCUUCCAUUCCUACCUCAAACAGCAUCAGAACGUACUGUUUCGAUACCCAGUCACAAGCCAGAGGAACGAUGAUAUCGCUUUGGCAGAACCGGUGCCGAGGAUGAUUCACCAAAUCUCCCUCUCCGAUGGGCGGCCGAAUGCGCUCUUGACCAAGUACGAGCCGGCAAUAGAGAGCUGCAAGCAGCUUCAUCCAGAAUGGGAGAUGCGCGUAUGGACGGAUCGAGAAUCGGAAAGCUUCAUGGCAAAACAUUAUCCAGAGAUACACCCACACUACGUCGGAUACCGCCAAAACAUUCAACGCGCAAACAUUCUCCGCUACGCGCUCCUGCAUCAUUUCGGCGGAGUCUAUCUCGACCUGGAUGUUACGUGCCGAGUUGCGCUGGACGCCCCGCUCGGUGAGAACAGCUCAGUACCGACGCUGACGCGUCUUCCAUGGCUCACACCUGGCGCGUAUCCGGCUGGAGUGAAUAAUGCGUUUAUUCUGGCGCGACCACAGCAUCCGUUCCUUACGGAGCUCUUGCAACGAGUACCCAGUCGAGACAUGUCGUGGGGUAUGCCAUACGUGGAGAACAUGCUCAGCACUGGCUGCAUGUUCUUUUCAAACGUGUGGAUGUCGUUCGUGCUUCGCGCGCAAAACGAGGUUGUACGAAAGGAGGAUCGGAUAUACGUUCUGGCAGACGAAGCGGGAGAUAUGGAGCCGCAGAUGUUGCGGGGAAAGGUAGUGACGCCUCUCUUCGAACACGGCGGAGCAUCGAGCUGGCACGGUUGGGAUGCGGCAGCGAUUGUGUUGAUCGGCAAGCACUAUGGCUAUUUCGCCCUGGUGGUGUUAGGGCUGGUUUCACUGCUUGUGUUUGGAUCGUGGAGGUUUCUCAGAGGCAGUAGGCGGGGCCAUCAGCAGAGGCGGCGCUCAAGUUGGCGCAGUAUCACACAUGCUAUUGGAAGAUUCAGCUUGGAGAAACAUGAUGAAGAAGUAGGAUUGAUGAAAGAUGGAUGA